GGGUCCCGUUUGUGUUUCCAUGCCUGGAAGAGUUGUGUUGUUUUUUAACUGAAUUUUUCAAGUGUGUCUGCGCCGCAUUUCAUUUUUUUUAAGUUUCAGAGUGUCUCGCUUUCCUGGAGAUAGAAGCAGGGUGGAAAGACCAGUGGCGACUCCUCCAGGAUGUGCAUGGAGAGGGUGAUGUACGUGAAAGCAGCGGUUGCCACUGGCGGACAGGGUAAAUCUUCACUCUUUGGUUGUGCUCCCUCCUUUUUUUUGGCCUUCUUCAGUUCUGCUUUUCCGUUGCAGCUAGCGUUUCAUCUCUGUGCCAUCCGUCAAGGUGUGUUUGUAUGAGCCACUGAACAUCUGACAAAGUUUACGGUAAUCAGAUGCAUGAGAUGGAGGGAGGGAGGUGGUGUUUGGUGUUUCAGUUGUGCUCUUAGUCCAAUGAGUCAACCAAUCACACAAUGUAACGGGACUCUGUUUUGAAUCAUCCCCUUUUUGCUACAAAUUAAUCAUAAAAUGUACCUGAAUGUAUGGAGGGGAGGGGAGCACUGUUAUUUUUAGCUUCUCGAAGGUGCUGGUAUUCAUGGACAAAGGGGGACAGGACAUGCAUUGGUAAUAUAUCAUUCCUGUUUUUGUGGGGUUUUAUCUGUUCAAUAUAUGAUCCUUCAGUAGUGUGGCUCAACAAAUACUACUGUUGGUAUUGUCGAGUGGAGACAACUCCUUCUUUUAUCAUUGCCCUGAGUGCAGUCCAUUUCUUAGUGGUAGAUUGCAGCAGUUGUUAACCCAGAAUGAACAAAUGGUUCUUGCCUUGUUGUGUUUGCAGGCUUCAUAUCGUCAGGAGGACCUCUGGGGUCAGUUAUGAAGUUUGUACUCCCUGCCGUCAGUGUUGGAGUCCUGCUGGAACGGAGAAAGAGAGGAAGCAAGAUGCGGCAAGUUCAGAGAAGCAGAAUUUAUAGGAGUCAGUCGGAGUCGUGCUGUGCCGAUAGCUAUGUGGCUACCAGAGGAGUUCGUUUCAACUCUGCCUGAUUGCCUGCCUGCCGUGUACCAUUCAUGCAUCUCUAAAGCUGUCAAGGGCUCAAGGCAAUACCCCUGCUUGCAGUUUCUACAGCAGAUGUACAGGGAGGAGAUGUACAUGGUGCCCAAGUUUAGCUAUUCAAGGCUUCAAGCAAUAACAGCAACAUGAAGCUGAGUCUGCAGUUUCAGACUUGCUGCACUCCAGUCACACUACCUCGACCCUAAAUAUCCCCUGAACAAGCAAGCGGGGUCUAAUGCACAAAUGACAAAUCUCACAAUUCCAUAAACAGUGGCACAGAACUAGGUAUAUAGCUCAAUUCAGUUUGUUUAAAUCUUAUGCAGACAGUGACAGAGCUGUGCCACAAUGAAAGUUGAAUAAAAUUCAGAGAUGAUUCUGGCUGUUGAUUAUUAAACGUUUAAGUUUACAAAGAAAGCAGCCCAGAGAUGUUACCAUCAGCGGUGCAAAUCAACAUUGUUGGUCGUCAAUUAUGUGUCAGUACUCCCUGCUGUCAGCAUUAGAGCCCUACUGGAACAGAGAUGGAUGGGAAGCAGAAUUUAUAGCAAUCAGCCGGAGACGUGUUGUGCCGAUGGUAGCUAUGUGCCUGCCUGCCUGCGGUGUUCCAGUGAUUUGAGUCACUUGAAGUUUUCGUGUUGAGCUUGAGCACGCGGCUGUGAGGCAAAGCUUGCUAGUGAUGGUGCACUGCACUUGCACUGCACUCGAUUGGUUGAGAAAUUAGUGGGCAUGAUAUGAUUAACCAACUCAAAACAAAGAUAUGAAAUUAGUGGGCAUAACAGCUAGCAGACUGUAUGGGAUCUCUUGGUUAGUGGGCGGAAUAAAUCAGUGGUAUCCCAAACAUCAUUGGCAACAUGAAAAAUAUGGAGUCUCUUGGAAUGAGCUCACUUAGUCUCUCCAACAACCUUCUUUCAGCAGAGAAACCUGAUGGCAAUCAGCUUCAAAUGCUCAAUGACCCAUCGAGUUAUGGCCACAGCCAGGGGCUCUGUGGCCGCCCUCUGAGCAUUGCACGUACCAAUGGUUUAAGUGGUACAACUAUUUUUGGUUUCUGGCUAUGGUUUGGAACAUUAUUUUUCUGGAAGCGUUAGAGGUUCACUUUCUUCCAUUCCAUCGAUGCGCUGCAGCAGAAAGUUGUGAAGAAGAUGAAGUAUAUUUGAUGGAACAUUAAGUGAACAUGCAUGUAUUGUUACUGAUGGCCCUCCUUCAAUAUCGCCAAUGAAGUACAAUUAUCAACCCUGUGUGCACAAGAUUGGCUUAUACUAGAUCUUAUGAUGAAGCCAAUUUCACUCGUACUAGCAUUGCGAUGAGCAGAAGUUUAUUCUCUGAAUUUUGUGUGCUACUAGUAUUGUGAUGAGCAGAAGAUUAAAAUCGAGACUUGCGAAUGUACGAGGUGCUUGAUUGUUACUAGUUGGUACCUGUUGGUUCUCUCCUGCUCAAUGUCAUUGUAAGCUGAUACCAUCUGUAGACUACAACUGAGCAUAUGCUUUAAUUGAAAAACAGGGUCUUAAGUUUUGGUAUAAAGUUUAUUUUUUUACAUGCAAUUGAUUACAACUUCUCAGCAGGUCAUUAAGAUCACUCAAACUGAGACUGACUUUAUUUAAUCAAGAACAUAUGGUUGGUUUACGAAAUUCAUUUCUUUCACACAUUUGAAAUUUGAUAUCUUGUGUAGUUGCAUUUACUUUUACUUCGUUUAUUCUCAUAAAAGGGAAGCAAGUAAAGUUCAAAUUGCAUUUUUCCUGUCCACAUUUAGGCGGCAUUAAACGGUAUACUCUGUUUUUAAUUGUUUCCUGAUUAUGGCGGUUUGAAGAUUGAUUCCGCUGGUUGUUAUUUUCUAUCCUUGUCCAUUUAUUUGGUGGCAUGGCACAUAAAGAUUGCACACAUGUUUCUUGGUUCUGGUUAGACAACUCCAUGGGUAAAGAGUUUAACGAAGUUUUAUAUGCAGAAAGAGUACUGUUCCAGGAUUCCGCGAGAAAAUGUGAAAGCAAUCUGUCUUGAGGAAAUGGCAGGGCAAUCUCAACUGAGAAUCUUUCUGCCUUAUAAAUAGGUUCAUUCCUGUGUGCUGAUUUCUGUAAGCCUGUCUAUCUGAAUCUCUGAAAUUUCCGCAAGUACUUUGGUGAAUAUUUCUAGAAAUUACAGGAAGUACUCUGGUGAAACGUGUGCAGUAGAUAUGGCUUCUCAUCUGGUCAUGUAACCAUGAAAAAUAUAUCACGUUUUUGUUGCUUUGGUGAUGUAAACAAUUUUGGUCACUUAUUGCACCCCGGGGAAAACCAUCUUUUGACGUCUCAUAUACCACUGUUAGAAGCAAAAAUUGAUGCCAGUGUCAAUGAAGACAUGCAGUUUAGACUUGGUGUCAAAUAGGGAAGAAUUUUUUCAGGGGCAAAUAGGGAAACACAUUUUUAUCUAGGGUCAAAUAGGAUCUCUCUCUCUCUCUCUCUCUCUCUCUCCCUCUCUCUCUCUCGGGUGAAAUAAAGAUCUCUCUCCCUCUUCCUCCCCCUCCCUCUCUCCCUCGCCCCCCCCCCCUCUCUCUCUCUCAUAUUCCUUUGUGUAAAGCAAGCCAGAUCUAGAUACCCGUUCCCCAAUCUCAUAUCACAUCACUCAUUCAUAUUCCUUUGUGUGAAAGCAAAAUAGAUCUAGAUCCCUAUUCCCCGAUUUCGUACCACAUCACUGCCAAACUAAAAUCUUCCUUCUUGCGAGUGUUCGACCAUGGAGGAGGCCGCGAAGGUGGAGGUAAUUCGUGCUCCCAAGAGGCACAGAUCUGUGGGAAUCGCUGACCAGCAAGUACCACCAAGGGUCAACGACAAGGAGCGGGGAAGUCUUGAUGACCUAGAUCUCAUUAGCCGCCUCCCCGAUUUCUUGCUUGGAACCAUCAUCUCCCUCCUUCCCACCAAGGAUGGCGCCCGCACGCAAGCCAUCUCUCGUCGGUGGCGUCCUCUCUGGCGCUCCUCCAAUGCGCCUCUCAACCUUGGCGCAGAUAAUAAUCUUUGUGACACCAAUUCGCGUGUCGCGCUGGUCUCCAGGAUCCUCUCCGACCAUCCCGGCCCGGCCCGUCGAAUCUCGCUGCACCUCAUCUUCUUCCCCAACAUCCUAGGCGAGGUCGACGGUUGGUUUCACUCCAGGGCGCUCAUUGGCCUCCAGGACCUCGAGGUCACCAACUUGAAGAGGACGAACCACUACCCGCUGCCUCCGCACUCGCUGACACGCUUCGCGCCCACACUGUCUGUGCUUAGGCUUGGCGGCUGCCAAUUCCCCGGCCUGCCUGCGCUGGCAAGUUUUUCGCACCUCAAGCAGCUCAUCCUGUUCGAUGUUGGCAUCUCAGAGGACUCUUUGCAAAACAUGAUCUCCCGAUGUGUUGUUCUGGAAAGUGUCUCACUACAUAACAUGGGCUUUGGUCGCCUUUGCAUUAGCUCGCCCACUCUCAAGAGCAUCGGCUUCUAUGCUCCUCGCGUCAAAGAUGCCAUCACCUUCCAUGAGCUGGUCAUUGACGAUGCACCUUGCCUUGAGAGGUUGCUACCGAUUUAUCCAGAUGAUGGUCCGGUGACCAUACGAGUCAUCCGGGCUCCUAAAUUGGAGGUACUUGGUUUUUUGUCUGAAGGCAUAUCUACACUCCCCCUUGGAACCACAGUCUUUCAGAAAAUGAUUGCUGUCACCAUGACAACCAAAAUGCGCUCAGUGAGGAUUUUGGUUCUUGAAUCUAGUCCUAAUCUGGAUUUAGUUAUUGACUUCCUCGUGUGCUUCCCCUGCUUGGUGAAGCUCUAUGUCAUUUUGAAUGCAGGAAAGAAUGUGAAUAUUGUGCGGAAGUAUGAUCAACUUGAUACAAUUGAAUGCCUUGAACUCCAUCUAAAAGAAGUGGUUCUCAAGAAUUACUACGGUGGUUAUAGGCCAUUUUUUGACUUUGCCAAGUUCUUUCUUUUGAAUGCGAAAGUGCUGAAUAAAAUGGAAAUCGGAGGCUCUUAUUACCGCAAUGACGACUGUUAUUUAAGGCUGCUACAAGUGGAGAAUAGAGCCUCUCAAGAUGCACGAAUUGAAGUAAACAGAAAUAUAUUCACUCGCCACGUACGUACCCAUGAUUUGUCAAUGGCUGAUCCCUUUGACUGAUUCGUAUGUGGAUUCUCCAAGUGUGUUAGACUGUGUUGCCCUUUGUCCAAAGUCAAAAAAAAGUGGCUGCCUUUGCUUGUCUGUCUAGUGUUGUCACACCCUUAUAACGCUAUGCAAAAUGGUCUACUCACUUCAGCAAUGGAAUGCUUUGUCAGCAAUUAUGGAAUGCUUUGUCAGGAUUUUGGAGGUGGUGCCCAAGCCAAAGAUUAAAGUCAAAACUUCUGAAUGUACAAGGUGCUUGAAUGUUACUGGUAUUUGUGUGUUUUUAUGUUUAUUUGGUAUACUUGCUAGUUCUCUCCUGCCCAAUGUCAUUGUAAGCUGAGACCAUCUAUGUAUAAGCUACAGCUGAUAUAUUUGCGUAUUUGCUUUAAUGGAAAAAACACUGAAAUUAUGCAGUAUAAAGUUUAUUUCCUUGCAUGCAAUUGAUUACAACUUCUCAGCAGGCCAUUAAGAUUACUCGGAUUGAGACAGACAAGCGUAGUAGCUG